AUGUCGCAAACCAAAGUUGUUUCCUCCCAAUGGCCUCAGGUCGAGACCGGCCGAGUAGUUCUGAUAAAUAGUGGCAAGGACGAGGGCAAGCUCGCUGCCGUUGUUCAGAUUAUUGACCACAAACGAGCUUUGGUCGACUCCCCACACAUUGAACGACAAGAAAUCUCUCUUUCGCACGUCUCACUUACCCAGCAAGUCAUUACCAAAUUGCCACGAGCCGCCCGAAGUGGAGUUGUCAAGAAGUACUGGGCCGAGGCUUCCGUUGACGACAAGACCGCCAGCACAACAUGGGCCAAGAAGAGGGCUAGCAGAGAAAAGAAGCGACAGUUGACAGACUUCGAGAGAUUCAAGGUCAUGGUUUUGAAGAAGCAGAGACGAUUCGAAGUCAGAAAAGCCGUUGCGAAGGCCCGAAAGGCUUCUUCGUAA